CACCAGCUGCGAGUGGUUCUUCUCGGCAUGGACAUCCUGUCCGCGCUGGUCACCCGGCUGCAGGAUCGGUUCAAGGCGCAGAUUGGCACAGUGCUGCCCAGUUUAAUAGACAGACUGGGAGACGCUAAAGACUCUGUGCGAGAGCAAGACCAGACUCUGCUGCUGAAGAUCAUGGAUCAAGCUGCUAAUCCCCAGUAUGUGUGGGACCGAAUGCUGGGAGGCUUCAAGCACAAGAAUUUCCGGACUCGGGAAGGCACGUGCCUCUGCCUUGUUGCCACACUCAAUGCCUCUGGAGCACAUACUUUAACACUAAGCAAGAUUGUGCCACAUAUAUGUAAUUUACUUGGAGAUCCAAACAGCCAGAUAAUUAGCAUUAAUGCUCUCUAG